AUGACUAGCAUCGGACGCAAAGGCAUCAUUGUCGACCUCGAAGACCACGUGCGCUUCAAAAUAGAUCUCAACGCGACACUUAUCAUAGAUUCUCAUUCUUUAUCAAGAACGGAUUUUAGCAUUUUAGCGCCAAAAUACAAUUUAGACGGUAGUAGUGUCGUAAACGUAUCGGAGAUCGCGCUGCAGAAGGCGCUGAAGCCGCCAGUAUGCGCAGCAGGCGGGCUGGCCGGCGGGCUGCCGCUCGCGCGGUCCAUGGCGCGCUAUGCCCGGCGGUGCGCGGCGGUCGGCGGAGCACUGCCGCCGCGCCACGUUCGCGCCCUCGCGUUACAUAAACCUCGUUGCUUACCCGCUGCCCGCUCCCACCUGUCUGUUGUCGCUACGUUUUGGCAUCACAUGCAACCCAAAACAAUAACACUAAAUAAUUAUAGAAGUACUAUUUUAAGCCCACUCAACGCCGAUUCUGACUAA